AAAAUCUGUGUUCAUACCCAGUCAAGUCAUUACAUUCCUGGGUUUUGUUCUAGACUCUAGUAAUAUGACAAUUAAGCUUACCCCUGAAAAAGCGGAAAAAUUAAAGAAUUGCUGUCAGGAGGUCAUUAGCACAGCUAGACCUACCAUCAGGACCAUUGCAAAACUCUUGGGUCUUAUGACAGCGAGCUUCCCUGGGGUUAGAUAUGGCCCACUUUACUACAGGAGACUAGACAGGGAAAAAACAAGGGCACUUUCAAUGCACAGAGAUUUUGAUAGAAAAAUGACUUUGUCAUUGUAUACUAAAGUUCACAUUAAAUGGUGGAUAGACUCUAUACACACCUCAUUUAAUAUCAUCAAUCAUGGGGACCCCCAUAUUACACUUUAUACAGAUGCCUCAAAAAUUGGUUGGGGCUGUGAUUGCCAAGGAAUAGCUACAGGGGGACCAUGGAGCCCAGAGGAGGCUGGAAAGCACAUCAAUUAUCUAGAAAUGUUAGCCAUCAAACUGGCUCUAGAAUCUUUUGAAAAUAAAGUUAGUCACAAACAUGUCAAACUGAUGGUUGAUAAUAUGACAGCUGUCACCAUCCUUAGUAAUAUGGGCUCAAGUCAUUCAUGGGAACUGAAUGAACUUAAUAUAGAGAUAUGGGAAUGGUG